AUGUGGCAGAUGAGGGAACAAAGUGGCGACAUAAUUCGGAUUUGUCUUCAUCGAGCCGCUGGUUCCGAGGUCCGGAGUUCUUAUGGAAAUCAGCUGAGCAUUGGCCCUCCUCAAAGCAUCACUUUGGAAGCACAACGGAAGAGCUACGUCCACAUCUGCUUCAGCAUACGAAAGUCGAUGAAUGUGCAGUCGACAUUAGUCGAUUCUCUGAUUGGCAAAAAAAUGCUUCGUUGCACUGCCUAUGUACUCCGCUACGUUCGAAACUUGAGGCUUACCGUUCAACAAGCAGAUCGCAACAGCGGACCGUUGAAUAGCCAAGAGCUGAGAGAUGCAGAAUACUAUCUGUACCGCGUGGCACAGCUAGCUGCCUUUGCCGAUGAAAUUACAAUCCUUUCGAAGAACAGGAACUCCAAAAAUCCGGACAAGCAUUUGCCAAGAAGUAGCCCUCUUUUUCGUCAAUGCGUCUUUCUGGAUGAAGUUAAGGUUAUUAGGAUCCAAGGAAGAACGCAAGCCUGUUCGGUCAUCGCCCGAGAUGCAGUUCAACCAUUUUUUCUUCCUGGCGACCACUCAAUCACCAAGUUAAUCCUCCUCGACUUCCACAAGCGGUUCAACCAUCAGAACCACCAAACAACUAUCAAUGAAGUACGUCAGCGCUACCGGAUUCCAAGACUGAAGGCAGCGUACAAAACCGUACGAAAGGAAUGCCAAGAAUGCAAAAACUACCACGCAACUCCACACCCUCCUUUCAUGAGUGACUUGCCACUGCAACGUCUAGCCGCCUUUACACGACCAUUUACUUUCAUGGGAGUGGACUACUUCGGUCCUAUGAUCGUUACUGUUGGACGCCGUUCCGAAAAGCGUUGGGGAGUCCUGGCAACUUGCCUUACGAUACGCGCAAUCCACUUAGAACUAGCCCACACACUGACAACUGAUUCUUGUAUAUUGGCGUUACGCAACAUUAUGGCUAGAAAAGGGGUUCCCGCUAUUAUCUUUAGCGAUCGCGGCACCAAUUUCCAGGGUGCAAGCAAAGAGCUGAAGGAUAUUUUGCAGAAUGUCGACCAGGAACAACUGAUGAGCGAGUUCACCACACCAAGCACUGAGUGGAGCUUCAUACCACCAGCGUCCCCACACAUGGGCGGGGCUUGGGAGCGCCUGAUCCGGAACGUAAAGUCGAAUUUGUCCAGACUACAAUGGAGAAGGCUGCCCACAGACGAGGUGCUGAACAGCACUCUAAUCGAAAUCGAGAACGUAAUCAAUUCAAGACCACUGACCGAGAUCCCAUUAGAAAACGACGAAUCACCAGUGCUGACACCCAACCAUUUUCUCUUGGGAACGUCGAACGGACUGAAACCAUGGGUGCCAUACAGUGACAGUCCGUCAAUGCUUCGCAACAGCUUCAAACAGUCGCAGAUUAUGGCUAACGAAUUCUGGAGGAUGUGGUUGAGAGACUACUUGCCCGUGAUCACACGCCGCUCCAAGUGGUUCACCAAGGUAGAACCAAUUCAAGUCAACGAUGUCGUAGUCAUUGUAGACCCGAAAGCUCCUCGUAACAGCUGGCCACUAGGACGGGAAAUCGCGACCAGACCAAGUUCGGACGGCCAAGUAAGAAGAGCUACAGUGCAGACUAGUCAAGGCAUCUACGAACGCCCCACUGUGAAGUUAGCAGUGCUCGACGUAGGCGUUAAGGACCAAUGCGCUCCAGGAGAACCUUCUGCGCAUUCCGGGGGGACUGUAAGCGCGCCCGUCGAUCAGCGAGCCCCUCGUACUGCUACUACCACCAACGCUACCUAG